CUGUUACUUUUGACACGCCCACACGCUGACACACGAAUAUAACUUGCCAUUUAUUUCAAAUAUACAAAAUACAAACCAAACCAUAAAAAUUAAAGUGUGGUGUCUGCAAAUGCAAGUCCAGGAAUGGAUCCACUGUCUCCAUCCGCACUAACAUAGCUUCAAGACGGUUAUGUCCAAAUAUAGAAAAAGAAAUCAGCGAAGAAGAAGUCUCAGUGCUGGUGGCAACAUCAGCCUGGCCCUGGCUGCCCUGCUGCUGCUCUUUGUGCUGUGGCUGCAGCUGUGUGCCGCACGCAAAAUGCGACCCAAGAGAGCCGCCCGUGCGGGUCCACAAAUCUGGCGUGAGGGUUACUCCGGCGAUGGCACCACGCACGAGCAGCUGGGACAGGUACACUUUCCGCCCGUUCAGUUUUCCAAAUUCGAGCCGGUGAUGAAUUACACAACGCGAGAAAAGUCCACGAGAUCGCUGGAUGGUCUGUUGAAGUUUUCACGCACUUUUUACGAUCAAAUAUUUCCACUCGAUCCGAGCGUGCCCAGAGGCUAUUUGCAGUUUGUGGGCACGGAUCACAUGCGAAUGGGCCCGAAGGUGGAUAAGAAUGAUUGGGCCGCUUGGCUGUCUGCCUAUUGGAUGUUUUGGCUUUGGGUCAUCGUCCUCGUGGCACUCAUUAUCCUGAUGCCCUUUCUAGGCGUUUUGUAUUGCUGCUUUUGCUGUUGUCGCUGCCGGCAGGGCUGUCCGCCCUGCAUGACGGUGGAGAAUCGAAGACGAAGACAUAUCUUGGGCGGUUGUCUGGCUCUACUCAUUAUACUGAUCGGUUUGUGCAUGGCUUUGGCUUUCUACUCGAAUGGUUUGCUGGAACGUGGCCUGGCCAAGACCAAGACAACGCUGGAAAUGGGCAGCGUGGACACUUGCAAUUUCCUCUACUCCGUGGAGGAGCAUGUCAAUCAUUUGUUGAAGAAAAACUAUGAGGAAUUGUCCACGCAUCUGGUGGCCAUGAUCAUGAAUGCACCCCAGCACAUAGCUGCGGACCUAAACGAUGCUUCGGAUGCCAAUUCCCUUGUGGAAUUGGAUCGUAUAUUUAGCAAUUUUGAGUACAUAUCAGGCGUGCUAGAAAGUGCAGACUACACUGACAAAAUGGUCAGGCUCACGGCCAUGCGUUUAAGAGAUGCUCUGAGGGGCGUCAAACGUGACGUGAACUUUGCGGCAACUGUACUUUGUGGCAGCAUGGAGUGCAUCAAGUUUUUGGGUCGCACUGAAAUCGAAUAUCUCGACACCUCACGCUGCUUGCAUCCGGAAAAGAUGCCCGAAAUUUAUAGCAUUCUGACCAGCAUGAAGGCACUUAUCGAGCAUAUGCACCGGCCCGGGGAGGCACUCGAAAAGCUGCACGAGAUGACCGUGCUGAUUACAGAGGAACUGGAACGCGUCGCUGGACCCAUUAUUCGGGACAUACAGAACGGAAGGAAGUUGUUUAUAGCGCAGGCAGAUCGCAUCAAUGAAAUCAUCGACGUGGUCAUCAGUGACAUUCAUUUGUACACGCUGCGCACCACGCGGGCAUUCGAUGAUCUCUACGAUAGGUUCAACGAGACGCGGUACUAUGCGGUGCUGUACAUCUCCGUGUCGGUGAUUGUGAUCUUGACUCUACUGAUCUUUGCCCUGCUUUUUGGCAGCUUUGGCAAACGAGUCACUGGCGUGGAGGAUGGUGUCUUCAGCCAAAAGAUUGGUUCGUACUUUUUGCUGGUCGCCAUGGUGCUGAUAUUCUGUGUGGUAUCCAUUAUGCUUAUGAUGAGCCUAUUCUAUGUUGUGAUUGGCGCUGUCGCUUAUAAAGGCGCCUGCGCGCCGCUUUACGCACAAAAGUCGGCGCCAGCCAUGCCCAUCGAUGAGCUCAGAUCAGAGAGCGAAGACGUGGAUCAAGAGCGGAGUGGGGGUGCGGCGCCCAAGCUAUCAAAUCUCAUCAUCGAGUGUGAGGGUGAGAAUAUGAUCUUCAAGUAUUUGCGUGAGAAUCGCAUCUACGAUGUGGAUGACAUGGUGCGCAUGCGCGUCAUGUCCCCCAUGGAGUCAAAUUUUGCGCUCUUUGAGGAUGUGGAUCUAUCGAACUUCACCCUGGUCACCGAGGAGGAUAAGGAGGUUUACAUGUCGGUGUCGAAGCAGGAGUUGGGUCUGAUACAUCCCUCGCUGUGGUACGAUCAUCUGUGCUACGAUUAUGUGCCCAUUCCUUUUGAUAAUUUGGCACUGGCGCUGAAACGAAUGGCCAAAUCAUUGUCGUGGAACAACUAUCGUGGGGCGAGGUCUGCCUUUGAGAAUGAAUACAUAAAUCUACUCACAUUCUAUUGGGCAUACGCACCCGCUCUGAAUCGCCAUAUAUCCGAAUUGAUUACAGUCGUUGAGGAUGUUGAUGAAUCGAUUCUCUAUCAACAUUACAACUUUGGGGACAGUCUGCGCAUACUGCUGAAAAAUAUUCUAAGCACUGAGAUAUUUAUACGCGAUCUGGGCAAGACGUAUCUGGCGAACAUUGGCAAAAACCUAACCGCUGUGAUCAAUGAACAGAUCGAUGACUACAUCAAGAUGGUUGUCUAUGAUGCCAACCACGAGAUAGGAAAUUGUCAGCCGCUGAGUUACAUUUAUGAUCGCAGUUUGGACACAAUUUGCAGUGAAAUGGUUGACCCCAUAAUUGGCUAUUGGCUGGGCAUUGUGUUGUCUGCCUUCCUGCUGAUGAUUGUCCUGUGUAUAAGCCAUCGUUUGCAGUGUGUGUACCGGCAGAUACACUUGAAGCCAUAUGUGCCUGUUAAGGUGACAUCAACGAGCUGUCCAUUUUGCAUGACGCGAUCGCAGAGGCUAGCAGCUGGCGGUGAUUGUGGCUGCCUUCCUCCCAGUGGCACAAUUAUCGAUGUGGAAUUGGCGCUUGAGGCAACGGCAAAUCAUCCCAAAACCAACAGGGACACAACAGAGUCCAGCAUGGAUGGCAAGAACAAGUUAGAUUAGCAAAUGGCAGAGAGACAUUGUUCAAAAUGGAAUUUCGGAGUGUAUUACGGCCCGAUCAAAGCCACUGCGCUGUGGUCUGACUUUGAAUUCCCAUUCCUGGACUUAAUUUCAAUGGCAAAACGCUACGUUUGCCUAAACUUGGAACUGCAUCUACUGGGCGCCAUAAGUUGAACUCAAUCGCGGCACAAAGAACUCAAAUUAAAUUGCGCAAAAAAUUCUUUUGACACAGAAAACUUUCGAAAAAUUUCAAUUUUGUUGCCAAGUAAACGAUGCCUCAACGCUGCAAUAUUGUCAGGCUACUGAGCGCCAAUAUAAGAUGAAAAAUUGUUACUAAAUAACACAAAUACUCGAUGGAUUACUGCCAGCAGUUUGAUGCCCCAAAAACCCAACAGCAGAAGUGCCAUAAUUAAUGUUUUGAUUGAAAUGAAAUAGCGCAAAGCUGUAACUGUGUGGCGUAUCCGUGUUGCUGUCUAUGUGUGAGCGGGGUCUUGUGCUGCUGCUGCUGCGGCGCCCUCCAUGGAGGGAAUGUCACGUAUCGCUUUUGACUAGUGCGCUCGAUAAAUGCCUGUCUUUGUCUUGGAUUGCGAGUACGAGUUUAAAGCUGAAAAACUUGACUCAAUUAAAUCACGCUUCAAAUUAGUAACAGUUGAGCGGAGACAGGAUUGGAAAACCCUUUUUUUCGGGUAUCAUAAUAAUGCAGUGCAGCCAGGAGAGUAAAAGGAAGAAGAAAAAGCAGCGCUGCUUUAACGUUGCUGCUGCUGCUUUAACGCUGCCCUGCCUCUGCCGCAGCCGCUGCUGGUUCUGCCUUUUGCUGUUGUUUCCUUUGCUGCGUUCGUCGUGUAUAAAAAUUUAACAUCUGCUCCUUUCAUGAUUUCGGAAAACUCAAAACUCGUACAAGAGCGACAGCCAGUCAGCAGCAGCAACAACAACAACAACAACUACAACAAAAACUGCAAGAGCAGCGAGGGCUGUAAUGGCACAAAUAUAAAUAUCUUCCAAUCAACGGAUUUGAGAAUACAAAAACAA